UUUUUUUUUUUUGGUGAUGCAAGCAGCGCGUGGAUGCCCAAAAAUAACCCUCGCACAUAAAAAAAAGAGCUGCCGUGCGUCAAAGUCCAGUUCCGGUGAAAAGGUGGAACAGCCCCGCCAUGGUCACAUGUUAUUAUUGUUUCUCACUCAUUCAUGUGACUAAAAUCACUGAAAAAAAAGAACAAAGUGGUCAAAAAUGAUAAUAAAUGAUGUCACUGCCACAACACACAUGCGCAAUGAGUGCGGCACUAAUUGAAAAGUGAGUUUAUUCCAUUAUAAAAUGAAUUUUUGGCUUAAAAUCCCAAAACAUAUAGUUUUUUUAGGGAUAAAAUUGGCACAUUUUGUUUAAAAAAAUCAUUAUAAUUCCCUGCUCUUUGUUCUUUUCUCAGUAAUAUAAUCAGUGUGUUGCUGUGUGUGAAAAUGAAAAGUGGGAGGAGGUGGUGGUGGAUGGGGGGGGGGGUGUCUCUGCUGUGACUGUAUCACUUCAGAUGCUCAGGCAGAAUUAAAAACGCGCUCCUCCGCCCUGUCACCGGCGCGCGCAUUUCCUUGACAAGCUCCCACAGCAUGGUGCGCUGCGGACUCGGAGGCGCAGCAUCCAUCUCCGCGCGCAUCCCCGCGAAACUCUCCCGGACGCCCAAUUACUAGACAGCAGACCACGCACAACACCUGUUCCCACCCUGGCAAAGAAGAUGCAGGACGGGAGAUGUUCUCAGCGUGGCUCUCAGCGGGCCUUCAGCAUCCUGGACCGUCUGCUGCUCACUCAUCCCGUGUGGCUGCAGCUGUCCCUGAACCGAGACUCCGCCCUCUACAUACUCCUCAGAGAACCUGUUGGGACUUUUCUAGUGCGCAAAUGCAGCUCCAGCCAGAGGAAAGUGCUGUGUUUGAGAGUGACAGCCGAGAGAAGUGCCUCCUCCGUUCAGGAGUGCUUCAUCAGCGAGGAGGACUCCACAUUUGCUUUGGAAAGCUCGGCUCUCAGCUUCCCUGAUUUGUGUCGCCUGGUGGCCUUCUACUGCAUCAGCAGGGACACGUUACCCUUUCCUCUGCAGCUACCAGAGGCUAUUGCUAAAGCCACAACACACAGGCAGCUGGAAGCCAUCUCACACAUGGGACAAGACUUCUGGAGUUCGCCAAGUGCUUCAGAGAUUCAGAACGGGCCGGCAGGACUCGUUGCAUCAACCAGCGGGAGCCAAGCUCAGACGGGGGGGAUUCCAGAGCAGUGUUCUCUGCUGAAUCGAGGCACACAAGGCAAAGUCUGCUUCAUCAAUCCACUCUUUCUUCAGCUGGAGGUUAUUUUGCAGCCACAACCCACAAACCACAGUGCCUCUAAUAAACGGAAUCGCUUCAAGCGCAGCAUGAGGCUCCGGCUCUCUGAGACCUCCAUGAAUUUAUCUCUUGAGGGAGUCGGCUCCUACUCACCUUCGCCGUCUGUGGAGCAACCCGGAGGGUCUGAGGGGCUGCACAAGGCCAAUGCUAACCCGCAGAGGAGAGUUCAUGCAGGUGCUGGGGUCUUAAGAAGAACCCCUGCUGUGUCACCUGGGUCAGCAGAGGAAGAGGACAUGAUGUCUGUCUAUGUGCCACAAACAUCUACCACAGCUCAAGAACCAUCAAAGUCUCAGCAGGAGCCAGGUAUUGAAGUAUCAGUUCAAGCUUUAGAGAAUCGCCCCGUUCCAUCACUGGCCGAGCUUGACAGCAGCAGCUCUUUCAGCAGCAUGGAUGAAGACAAUGACUCAGACUCGGAUCAAGGAAGCAUGGCCCAAACCCAAGCGUAUAGCUACCAACGUCCGCCUCUCGUCCGCUCUCGAGGCCGUGGUGGCAUGCACCGAAUGAGCGAGGCAUUCGUGUGCUUCUUCGCCCCAGACAAGAGGGUGUCCCGCCUGGUGGAGGAGCUGUCCAGAGACAGGCGCUCUGUGUUUGGAAGUAUGGUUCAGGAUUUCCUUCUAGAGCAGAAGGAGAUGCUCAAAUCGCUGUCCUCCACUUCUUCGUCUCCAGCCGUCACGUCCGUGCAGCUUCUGCAGGGUCUGCGCCUCUUUCUGUCACAGGCCAAGUGCUGCUUGCUGGACAGUGGAGAGCUGGAGCCUCCCAUCGAAACCUUAGUGCCAGAGAACGAGAAAGAUCUGGCGUUGGAGAGGGCCAUGUUCUCUUGUGUGCUCCGGCCUCUGAGAUCCAAGCUCGACAAAGCAUUGACUGCUUUGCACGACCAUGAUGGUUCUCUUCAGCGCCUCACCCAAAACCUGGUGCACCUGAAGGGGGAUGCAACCAGUGAGCGACUUGGAGUGCGGACGGGGGUCCCAGACAGUCGGGAAGUGGAGAGGGUGAAACGCAAAAUGGUCUUGAUGCAGCGGACACAUUCACCCAUCGACAAGGUGCUGCUGCUGCUGCAAAUGUGCAAGUGUGUCCACAAGGCCAUGGGCUCCCUACAUGGACAGGAAGUGAGCUGGGAAGACUUCCUGCCAUCUUUAUCCUAUGUGCUCGUGGAAUGUAACAGGCCUCACAUCCUGAUAGAAGUGGAGUACAUGAUGGAGCUGCUGGAGCCGUCCUGGCUGGGUGGAGAAGGUGGGUACUACCUGACCAGCGUGUAUGCCAGCCUCUGCCUGAUCCAGGGCUUGGAGCCGGACAAGCCUUUCUCCGGCUGCCUGCCGCCACAGCUCCAGGAGGCGCUGAAGGAGUGGAGCAGCAGGCGGAGCCAGGAGGCCCAGAGACAAAAGGAGAAUCAGCAAAACCAAAGGUGCGUUCGGAUACUGUUCCAGGACGGGGAGCGGAGCGCCGUGCGGACGUUGCAGUGGAGAGCCGGGGAGACCUGCCAGGCGCUGGCGCAGCUCUGUGCCUCCACGUUCGGAGUGUCCGACCCACAGCAAUACACCCUGUACUGGCGCAGCGGAGGGGAGAUGAGGGCCCUGCCGCCUCAGGCCCAGCCCCAGGACCUGGCCAGCCACAGCGAGGGGGGGCCCUCGCUCUCCUACCUGAGGACCGAUCACGACUUCAGCAAGAUGCGGCGGCUCACCAGAGGUGGCGCUGUGGACCUGAGCGAGUCGGUGUGUGAGGAGUGAGUGGGAGGCAUGGAGGGGAAGAGGGAGGAGGAGAUGGAUGGUUGCUUUUUUUCUCUCUCUGUCUCUUUCUCCCUCUUUUAUGUUGUUUUUCAUCGUGGAUCGAGACUCGUCGUGCAGAGAGACUCUAAAUUUUUUCCUUGAAGGGACUGACGUGUGAGCUUUACCCACAUGGGGGGGGACUAUUGCCAAAAGUUGUACCCACUCGGUGUGGCUGCUAGUGUAAAGGAGUGUGCUGUUUGUGACUUGGAAAAAAAGUGUAAUAAGUGGAUUUAAACUGUAUUUUGACAACCCAGAGUUACACCAAGAAAUGAUGACAUCACUGAAUUACGAGGAGGCUGAAACCCAAAGACAAAUUCUGUGAGGCUACUGUUGCCUGGAAACAAAACCACUUCCUGUAUGCAGACACACAAAGGCGAAUUGUCCACGUGGUGAUGUAACCCCUUCACGGUGUAGUUCUGGGCAAAAACGUUUGGAUCAUGUUUUUAUCGGCUUCACUUCACAUGUAAAGAAGGAACUGUUCAAAUUUGGAGUUUGGGCCUUUUUUCUAAAGGUGGGAAUUCGUAAAGCUAAAGUGAUGGAAGCUGAAUUGUGGGAAAACAGCCACUCACUUGUUUAAAAAUAGUUUUCUGGUGGGCUUUAAAUCCUUUUCCUGCAUCAAAGUGGUUUUGGCUGUGAACUGAAAACGGGAGAAUGUGGACUAAUCCCAUCAUUGCUCCCAAAGUUUUAAUUUUUUCUGAGGUAAAUGCUUCAAAAGUCACACUUGAUCUAUGUUUUCAUUUCCCCCUUUUGAGCUCUGUUGUUCUUCUUGACAAAACGGUCCUCAGACGCUUGAAAAAACAAAAAAAAGAGACUGGUUGAAUGUAAAAGUCCAUGUCACCAGCUUCUGGUGACUACUGCUGCAAGUCAUCACGAUCAACUGACUGUUCAGAACGCUGUCAUUACCUAAUAUCAGAUUGUGUAUUUACAACAAAAAUUAAAAAUCCGCCUUUAAUUGUUCAAUUUGUUGAGUAGAUAUUAAACCUAAAUGUGGAUUUUCAACACAUUUGGCGUUUUCUCGUUUGAGGGUUUCGACAUUGAUGCAUGCUUUUUCAUUCAAUGUGAACGUUCUGCGGAUGUGUGUGUGUGUGUGUAUGCGUGUGUGAAAGCUCACACUUUCUUUUCAGUGUACAAAUGUUGUAUUCUGUCAGGUAACUCAGUAUCGCAAUAAAAAUUGCAAUAUGUUUCCAGA